UGUGUACAUAAACUAGUAAAAUCGUGAUUAUGGAAAGCGAUAACACUGAUGAAAACUUAAAACUAAAAGCUUGCGGUAGUGCCGAGGAAUUUCAAGCAUUUAUAACUAAUUUAUUUGAAAAGAAUGGUGUUUUAAAUGAUCUAAGAGCUUAUUUACGUGGACAUGUAUUUACAUUCCUACAAAGUGUGCAAAGCGGGGAUAUACCAGAAACCAAAAAACAUUUUACACAAAGAUUGCAAUUUAAAUUUCAAGCAAUAAAUGCUGUAAUAGCAGAAUAUCUCAUGAAACAAAAAUUUGGCUACAGUCUGUCUGUCUUUAUCUCAGAAAUACCUUUAGCUAAUAUGGCAUUUGACUUUGCCAAGAAUUUGUAUAAAAAUUCUAUGAAUGAUGAUAAUCUACAGUUUUCCACUGAUGACAUUUUUCAAAUCCUCAAUUAUUUAGGAGUGCAUAGUGACCAGGUGCAGAUGUUAAAAAUAUUGGAGGAUUACCAAAACCAUGAUGAGCCUCUUUUGAUGAGCAUUCUCAAGAACCUAACAAGCAAUCUAGUUUACAAUGUAGAUGAAGAUAGUCUCAAUAUUGACUCACUUAACAAGAAAAAUAAGUGCAAACAUUAUUUAUGUUGUGAGCUCUGUCAGAACUAUUUAUUUCAUAUAAAAGAAAAGUAUAAAAAGAGAAAAAAACAUAUGGUUGAGUUUCAGAAAGGACUAAAAUUACCUUGUAAUAAUUCUGACGAAAAAGCUAUGGACUCUAAAAUAAAAAUGAUUGAGGAAAGGCUUAUAGAAGAGAUGUUUGAACAACUGAAAAAUGUCUACGAAGGGGAAAUAGAAAUAUUGAGAGAGGGAGAUGAGAAGAAAGUAAAACGUUCGAUCGUAAAUCACGCGUCACUGAUGCAGAAACAUCGACUUGAGCUAGAGAAAGAGAUGGAAAGUCGAAGGAUAGUAAUGGAAGCGGAGUUCCGAGAGAGGAAAGAGUUUGUUGAAGGACUGGCCGCCACGCUUAAAGACGCACAUGAGAAAUUGAAAGACGCCCGACACAAGAUGAAGAAAGACGCUGCCGCCUUGACUAACAAGGAGAACAGCCUAAAAUCUCAGCUUCAAAAAGCAGAAGAAACACUCAAAAUUAAAGGAGAAGAAAUGCAGAAACAAAUAUCGCAUGAACUAAAGCUUUUAGAUGAACAGCAACAAAAUUUAAAUAAAGAAAGAAAUGCAAUAGACAAUGAAAGACAGGAACUAGAAAAACUUAAGAAACUCAACGAAACUAAUUUGAAAUUACUUACGACUUUAAACAUGAAUGAGAGAGCUAAUUUAGUUCAACAAUAUAAUUAUUUGAAGAAUGAAUUAGAUGCAUUGAAAAAGUACAUUGCAUUGUCUAGUGAAAAUAAAGCAAAUCAGGAUACGCUCUUUAAAAUAAACAAUGAAACAACUAAUGAUAAUGAUACCAGAGUAAAGGUAAACCAUGUUGUCAAUGAUUUGAAGAAACUGAAAAAUGUUAACUUUAGUCAGACUGUUUCAAUGUAUCACAAAUGGUCCCAGGAUGUGACUAGCUACAGUAGAUGUGAUGGAACCUGCUCAGACACGCUAAAGCGAUUGAGAGAAGAACACGAAAAACUCCAGGAGUUCUCUAAACAGCAAAGUUCACACAUCGAACUGUUGUCGCUCAGCCUGCGUCAGAUAAAUCAGACGGCGAGCAACGCAUCCACGAACUCUGUGCCGCUACAAACGCCGGCAAUUAAUAUAGAAAGCCAAGAUCGAACGUUAAAAAACAGCAGUCCAAAAACAUUAAGGGAAACUAGAGAUCUAUUGAAAAAAAACCACAAAGAAUUGAUAGCGAAAAAAGAUACAAGUUCAAAUAAAACGAUCAGAGAAGCGAAAUUACGUUUAAAGAAACUUGAAAUCGAGGCAGAAGCGGUCGAGAAGUCUUAUUUGAAAUUUAGACAAAAAAGAGCUCAAGAAAAUCGACUGCUUUUUAAUCAAGAAAAUUAUGUACUUACAUCUAAAAUGGAUACCAAAGAGAUCAAACAUGUCCAAAAAGAAAACCAAAGAUGUCUUGAAGAAAACAAGAUUGAUUGUAAUCAUUCAUAUGAAAAAAUACAUCAACAAACUAAUUUGGAUUUUGAUAAAUACUUACGUAAAUACCACGAUGACGACAAAAUUACAGCAUUAAACAUCAGAUUAAAUAAAGUUGAUGAACUUAAGUACAAAAGAAACACUAUGGAAGAUAAAGAGCGAAAAGGAGAAUGGCAUAGCUUGAACUAUUUGGAGACACCACUAAUGGAAUUCAGAAAAUUGUACCAGUCUAGUACUAACAUAAGAAGAAAUGCACGUAAAAAACAAAAUAAAAUAGACUUAUAUUGUGUUCAAAAAGUAGAACUAGAUUUUCCUAACAGGAAUACGUCGAAACAUACCAAGAGUAAAGAAGCAGAAAAUACGCUUGAUAAAUGUCUUGUUGUUGAACCAAAUGCGUCAUCUCAAACUGAGAUUGAAGUUUCUGGUGAAGAAACUACUGAAUUGAAAGUACUAAACACUACAAAAGUAUCAGAAUACGACGGAAACAGCUCAGCAGUUAUAGAAAACGCUCUUAAAAGUUUUAGUGAUAACGUUUUUGAUAAGUCUAAAGAAGAUUCAAUUAUCAUAAGUACGAAAAAAUCUUCAAGUAAUAAUGUUCGAAUGAAAAAUGAUACGAAAGAGCCUAUUGUAAAUGAAAAGAUAGUUGAAAUAACUAGGGCCGUUGAAGAAAUAAUCAGUGAAAAAUCUAAUAAAAUUUUAAAUGAGCCUGAUUUUAUAAAUGACUUAGUUAAAGUGCCUCAAAAUGAAAGUACCAGAGAUAAUGUGGAUUUAAAUGGAAUUUUAAAAGAAAGUAGUACAAAUAUUAAAAAUGAAGAUUCCGUAGCAUCUGACACUUCGAAAGAUCCGAGUGGUCUUAAAACAAAGACUAGCGAUAAUAUUUCAGCAAAAUCAUCAAAAAAUGUUCAAAAGCACGAUGCAAAUGCUGAAACUGAAAAUAUUGAUCACACAAAUCCCGUAACUGAAGUUGAUAACCCAAUAAAUAUACCCCCUUUACAAGAGACAGAUAUUGAUAUAAAUGAAAAUCGAUGCAAUUCAAUUUCUGUAAAAGAUAACAUAAACACAAAUAAAACAGAAGAAAGCAAAUCUGAUACUCCGAAAGAAACUCGAGACAUGAAUAAUUCAGUGGAACUAAAUGAAGAAAAGUCAAAGGAAAUAGAAAAGCACUCAGGUGAAUAUGAAGAAGACUUUUCCAUUCCCGAUAUUGAUAAUAGUUUAUUAGAAAACAAAACAAAUUCUCCUAUAUCCAUACUAAAAUCAUCUGAAGGAGAGAACUUUUGGGAUUAAAUGAGCAAAACCAAAAUUCACAACUUGUCAUAAUUUAUUUUCACGCGAAUUAUAAUAUAUAAAACAUACUAUUUAUAUACAUCAAUUUGUUAUCAAUAUAAAAGUACAAACUUGAACAUAAUACGCUAGUGUAACUUCCCAUUCAACGACACAAAACAAAAUAAUAUUUAAUAUUAUGUGAACAGUAAAUGCUUAUUCGGAAACUUUAUUGUCAACUUCUGAACAAAGAGAUUGAUCAGAGGAAAAACGAAACGAAACACUUGACUAAGGGCCUGUUUCACCACUUCCUGAUAAGUGCC